CUGGGCAACGACCAAAGUGCCUUCCAUACGCCGUCACCGGCGGUGCGUACGUACUACAAGAAUCAGGUGGCUGCUUCGAAGGCCAUCUCGAACAACGGUACCUACAACAACGGGCCAGCGCUGUUUCACAGUAACGGCUCGGAGCUGUUCAAUCAGCCGGGCAUCAAUGGGGACGAGCCGAACAUCUCGUCGCCCCCCGGCUCGACCAAUGAAAGUACGCGAGUGCUGUUUAAGGAAAUGUUGCCUGUAACUGAAGCGAUUACGUCGUCAGAUGCCAGCUGCAUUACGUGUGUGAUCUGCAAGGACCGCGCAACGGGAAAACACUAUGGUGCGAACAGCUGCGAUGGGUGCAAGGGCUUUUUCAGACGGACCAUACGUAAGAACCAGCUGUACACGUGUCGCUUCAGUCGCAACUGUGUCAUCGACAAGGACAAAAGGAACACGUGCAGGUACUGUCGGUUCCAGAAGUGCUUGAAGGUUGGAAUGAAAAGAGAAGGUAAGAUGCGAUUCAUUGUUUUCGGUUUCAGUGUAUUUUUCUGA